AAACUCCUCCUGGUCGCUGCGCGCACCAGCCAGCACCAGCCUGACAGGCACGCCGCGCACGGGGGACCCUAUAUAAGUGGUGCAGCUGUCAGGUGGAGGACACUGGCUGCUCUGCACAGGGGGACGACUCGCUUUAGGAGAUCACAGCUCUGCAUACCCAUAGACGCAAAGUGCAAAAAUGUCUAUGCCUUGGGGAUACCACAAGAACAACGGACCCGACACAUGGGCAGAUAACUUCCCCGUUGCCAACGGACCCCGUCAGUCUCCCAUCGACAUCGUACCUGGUGAAGCAUCCUACGACGCGGGGCUGAAGCCGCUCAAUCUGAAGUACGACCCGUCCACCUCCUUGGAUAUCCUCAACAACGGACACUCCUUCCAAGUGACCUUCGCUGAUGACACCGACAGCUCAACUCUGAAAGAUGGACCCAUCUCAGGGACCUACAGGCUCAAGCAGUUCCACUUCCACUGGGGAGCUUCUGAUGACAAGGGCUCCGAACAUACCGUGGCCGGGACCAAAUAUCCUGCUGAGCUCCAUCUGGUGCACUGGAACACUAAAUAUGCAAGCUUCGCCGAAGCUGCCGGCCAGCCCGAUGGCCUGGCUGUGGUCGGAGUUUUCCUGGAGAUCGGAGAAAAAAAUGCCAGCCUCCAGAAGGUUCUCGACUCGUUUCAGGACAUCAAAGCCAAAGGCAAGCAGACCACAUUUGUUGGCUUCGACCCCACAUCUCUGCUCCCUGCUUGCCUAGACUAUUGGACAUAUGAUGGCUCCCUGACCACUCCCCCUCUGCUGGAGAGCGUUACCUGGAUUGUGUGCAAGCAGCCAAUCAGCGUCAGCUCUGAGCAGAUGGCUAAAUUCCGUUGCCUGCUCUUCUCCUCCGAGGGCGAAGCCGAGUGCUGCAUGGUGGACAACUACCGCCCUCCCCAGCCGCUCAAGGGUCGCUCAGUCCGCGCUUCCUUCCAGUAAUAACCCUUCCCCCCUCCUUUUGCCCUUUCUGCCCUGUUGCCCUCUCCCUCCCUUCCCCCUCUCCCUUUAGUCCACCCAGAGUUACCUCUCUUGCAGUGAGCCACAAAGCACACAUAUCUCUCUCCGUCCAGUUUUAAAGAAAUUAAAUUCCCGUGGCCCAUUGCUUCCAGUUCUGAGAGAUGGCAGCAGGAUUUGCAUCUCUGUCUGUUCAUGUGAUGUGCCAGCAACUGUCAUGGCAAACACUUCACAGAGGUUGUGACACAUUUUCCAGACUUGUGCAUCUGGUGUCUUGUUUCCAGAGAUACUACAUCUGCGUGACCUAGCGUCACACAAAGAUGACUUACAGUCGAAACGGUGCUCUCGAGCUAGCAAGACUCAGACGGCACAAGCUGGUUGCUGUGAACGGGGGGGAGGAUGAAAAUAUACCACCAUCUGUGAGGAGGGAACGGUGCAAAUAAAAGACACGCAGACACACUCCUGCUGCCAGUCUGUAAUCUCUGAACCGACUGGUAGCCUCUGCAUCACGGCAGCUUAAUGAAAUGCUGCAGCCGCCUCCAUCAGAAAAUCCCCCUAAGCACAUAAACACUCUGCGCCGCAUACGCAGUCUCACACGGACAUGUUGCCUAUAGGCACUGACCUGCUUAUUGAUCUGAAGUGUACAACACUGAAUGGCAACGAAGGGCAUUAGGACAGACUGGUGCAAGCACCAACUGCACAACACCAUGACAGCGACUCCUCCUUUUCAUGUACUUGUACUCCCAAGUCAUGUUUAUUACUAUUAUUAUUAUUAUUAUGGAUUAUGUCUUUUUAGACCAGACAGCUUAUGCAAAAUAAGUCUUAAGUGAUUCGUAAAUUCUGUUUUGUAGCCGAGAGCUCUUGAUUCCCUGACAAUGCAGCCGUAGAGAAGAACGAUCCUCCUUUUCGAAAUGAAACAUUAUGUGUGUGAAGCGAAUUCCUUUUGUGUGUUUUUGCUGAAACCUCAAUGUGUCCAGUGCUGACGCUCAAAACGCACAGUCGUCUUGUAGGCGACGCCGACGCACAAUGCCAAGAAAUAAAUGACCCUUCCAGGUAAACCAAGAAUGGAAAUAACCUGCCAAGAGAUAAGAUUAGUGUCACAGAGGAGACUGAUUAACAAGAGGCCAUAUGGGUUUAAGCUUACGCUAAAGAUGUUUAAGAUGUAUUUUCACAAGGAUUGUAAUGAAUAUUAAAAAACAAAAUCGCCUUAUACCAGUGACUAUUAGGGCCGUCCCAGAUGUAUGUGUUGUCAUUCUGUUUUGCAAGUGGACAUUUUAAUAGUUAAAUAAAUAUAUUUUAUGACUAA